GUGGGUAUUGUAGCGUCAAUGUUUGUUUUCUUCGCACUAGUUCAGCACCGCUUGGUUGGCGUGCACUGGUCGAGGUUCCGCGAGCCCCAACAAAGUUGCGGUGCUUUGGACCAGAGUCCGGUUAGCCGGUUGUCCGAACUCGAGCUCACUUUUUUUUCUGUUUGUACCGCGAGACGUUCACUUGGAUCGUGCAUGGAUGAAUAUUUAUUGACCGAUUCAGUCUCGACAGUAAAAGCUUUUAUAUUGACUAAUAUGAAGUUUGGUGAUCUAUGUCAACCUCAACGUUUAACAAGGGAGGCAAUGAGGACGUACUUAAAGGAAAAAGACGAUCAAACAGUCCUAAUUCUGCAUGCAAAAGUGGCACAAAAGUCCUAUGGCAAUGAGAAAAGGUUUUUUUGCCCUCCGCCAUGCGUCUAUCUGCUGGGCAGCGGCUGGAAGAAGAAGCUGGAGAAGAUGCAGAAGGAGGGCUGCACGGAGCAGGAGGCUCAGGCCUGCGCCUUCAUCGGGAUUGGCAACAGUGAGGUGGAGAUGCAACAGCUCAACUUGGACGGGAAGAACUUCUGCGCUGCUAAGACCUUGUACAUCAGCGACACAGACAAAAGAAAACACUUCAUGCUGUCUGUGAAGAUGCUGUACGGCAAUAGCGCAAACAUCGGCGUCUUCCUCAGCAAGAGAAUCAAAGUCAUCUCCAAGCCUUCCAAGAAGAAGCAGUCCUUGAAAAAUGCCGACUUGUGUAUUGCAUCGGGAACAAAGGUAGCUUUAUUUAACCGGCUGCGAUCACAAACAGUCAGCACCAGGUAUCUUCAUGUGGAGGGUGGAAACUUUCAUGCCAGUUCUCUGCAGUGGGGGGCCUUCUUCAUCCACCUCUUGGACGACGACGAAUCCGAAGGGGAGGAGUUCGCCGUGCGAGACGGCUACAUUCAUUACGGCCAGACAGUCAAACUGGUUUGCUCUGUAACUGGCAUGGCACUGCCCAGACUGGUCAUUCGCAAAGUGGACAAGCAGGCCGCAUUGUGGGAAGCAGACGAUCCGGUGUCGCAGCUCCACAAGUGCGCCUUCUACCUGAAAGACACAGAACGGAUGUACCUCUGCCUCUCACAGGAUAGAAUCAUCCAGUACCAGGCUGCACCAUGCGUCAAAGAAGCAAACAAGGAGAUCAUAAACGACGGCGCGUGCUGGACGAUCAUCAGCACCGACAAAGCGGAGUAUACGUUCUACGAGGGCAUGGGCCCCGUCACCACGCCCGUCACGCCUGUGCCUGUGGUGGAGAGCCUGCAGUUAAACGGUGGAGGAGAUGUGGCCAUGUUGGAGCUAACCGGACACAACUUCACCCCCAACCUAAGGGUGUGGUUUGGAGAUGUGGAGGCUGACACCAUGUAUCGAUGCGGCGAGAGCGUCCUGUGCGUGGUGCCGGACAUUUCGGCUUUCCGAGAGGGCUGGCGUUGGGUCAGGCAGCCCGUCCAGGUCCCGGUCACGCUGGUCCGCAACGACGGCAUCAUCUACGCCACCUCCCUCACCUUCACCUACACCUCGGAACCAGGACCCCGCCCCCACUGCGGCGUCGCCGAGGCCAUACUGAGGACGCACGCCGCCUGCUCCGCCUCGUCGGCGGCGGCAGCAGCCCACACUUCUUCAUCUUCAACCUCGUCCUCGCUGGGCGCGCUCACGAGCGGCCAGGGGGCUUACAGCAGUCGUGACUCGGCCACCUCGUCAGCCGUGUCGGUGUUGUCGUAGUGAUAAUCGCGCCGAGCCUGUUUCCGAGGCGGACCUUUGAGAACACUUGGACUAAAAAGCAAGUGUGGGGGGGGCGGUUGUGUGAUCAAUAAAUGACUGUCUAGCCCCAUCUAGUGGACGACUGUAGACCUACCACACGCCACAUUGAGGACCUUGAACUCCAGACAAGGCACCUCUUCGGAUUCUCGUUUUUGCUUCAGAACUUUCCUAAAGGAGCGAGAUUACCCAGAAGCACUUGGAGGAUAAGGGCACUCGAAUUUUGAAAAUGUUUAGAAAAGUUGCCUCCAUGCAGAACACUAGAACAAAAAAAUAUGCUUCAAUAAUUGUAAGACUAACAGGGAGAAAAAAAAAACAGCUUUAAAGAAAAAUAUUUUAAAAUACAGAAACGUGUGAAGGGAAACAUUUUCAAGUGAGAGCAAAAGGACAGAAAAUUGAAUAAGAAAGCAAGGUAAAAAUGUGAUGCCGUCGUUUAGGAAAAGCUCAGUCGGAUUCAUUUCAACAGUGCGGUCCUUUCCUACGUUGCGAAGGCAGCGACUUUUUGUCUCUCCUUGAACUGAUGACAUAUUCCAACAAAGGCUGAGGAAAGGUGAGGAGAUUGGACUUUCCGAAGAGGAUUUGCCUUUCAGCGAGACUUUAAUUCGACAAGAGCCGUUUCUGCAGCGGAGGUCAUCUUCCAUUUGUUGUGUGCAAGAAUGCAGUACAAAAGAUUGAACUGUCUUAUUUGUAUUCCUAUUAUAUUUUACAAGCUUUUGCCGAGGUACAAUUUGAACUUGCUCGACAUAGAAAUUUAGCUUUUUUUAAUCUAUAGUUAAAUGUGAUUUUGAUUACGUUAUUUAGCAACAGAAGCAGGGCGACGACGUAUUGGAAACACCUCGGUAUGAUGCAGUUACUGCAAACUAUAAGCAAUAAUAAACAUAUUGUU